AUACAUAACCCAUUCAUCAGCUUCAAGCCAACUAAACAAAUCAACAAUCUUGAUUUUUAGCACUUCUUUUGUUUCUGUCUGUAUUCUCUCUCUAAAAUGAUCCCCCUCUCUGUCUUAACCACUUCUAAUCACAACCCAUAAUUCCUUAAUUAUUCAUCACCAAACCUUAAGCAUCACCAAUCUUCACAAAAAUGGGCAAUCUUGAAAUUUCAUUACUCUUCUUAAUCCUUCCCAUCUUUGUAAUCCCCCUCACAGCAAGUUCUCAUCAUACCCUCAACAAACUAACCUCUCAAUGCCCAAUGGAUCUUAACUAUGUCCUAAGAAUCCCAUGGAACCAAACUUCAUGCAAAACUUACCAACCUCAUCAAAACGACAUGAACCAUCCGCAAAACGACUUCAACAAUGCCGACCCAUGUUGCAGAAACCUCCUGUCUCUCUUCGGAGUUGGUCUUGCUCAGCAUCUCAAAGAAACCAACCUUUUCCAGCUUCCAAAUAUAAACACUUCAGUUUCUUGUCUGAAUGAUUUUCAGAAAAAGCUGAGUUCUUUGUCAUUUCCUGAUGAUAUUGUUUCCAACUGUUUGAAGCCCAGUGGGUUCGUUUUAAACCCUAAUAUAUGUGCUGGGGUUCAGACAACUCAUGACUGGGUUAGUGUGUUGGGGAACUCAACUGUUCUUGACACAGCUUGUAAGCCUGACCUUGUUGAUCUUACUUCUUGUAGUGCAUGUGUGGCAGCAGGGUUUACAGUUCAGUCUGAGUUGUUGACUUUUGAUGGUAAUAACUCUCAUGCUACUGAUUGUUUUUACUUUACUGUUUUGUAUGCUGCUGGUGUUGUCAAUGAGUUUGGUCCUGAAAGUGAUGGUUCUGUUACUUGUAUUUUUGGCUUGGAUUUGAAUUCUGAUUUGGGCUCUGGUAAUAAUAGUCAUUCUGCUCUUGUUUUUGGCUUGACUGGUGCUGGUGUUGCUGUUUUGGUUAUGUCUAGUUUGUUAGGUUUGUAUUUCUGGUAUGAUAGGAAGAAAAAGAGGAGGAGAAUGAAUUCUCCUUUUGAUUUGGAGGAACCCGGGUCUAGGCCGAAAUUACGGCCGAAUACGGGGUCGAUUUGGUUUAAAAUUCAUGAUCUUGAGAAAGCGACCGAUAAAUUUUCGCAGAAGAAUUUCGUCGGGAGAGGAGGGUUUGGUGUUGUUUACAAAGGGGUUUUGACUGAUGGAAGUGUUGUAGCGGUUAAGAGGAUUAUUGAAUCUGAUUUUCAAGGUAAUGCGGAGUUUUGUAAUGAGGUUGAGAUUAUUAGCAACUUGAAGCACCGGAAUCUAGUUCCGCUUAGAGGGUGUUGUGUUGUUGAUGAAGAUGAGGAAUAUAGUGAGAAAGGGAGUCAAAGGUAUCUUGUUUAUGAUUACAUGUCUAAUGGGAACCUUGAUGACCAUUUGUUUCCAUCUGCUCAUGAUAAUCAAAUUGAUAAGAAACUAUUGACUUGGCCUCAAAGAAAGAGCGUAAUCUUGGAUGUGGCGAAAGGACUUGCUUAUUUGCAUUAUGGAGUGAAGCCUGCAAUCUAUCAUAGAGAUAUCAAGGCGACGAAUAUAUUGUUAGAUGCUGAUAUGAGAGCAAGAGUUGCUGAUUUUGGAUUGGCAAAACAGAGUAGGGAAGGCCAGUCUCAUCUUACUACACGAGUGGCCGGCACUCACGGAUAUUUGGCUCCUGAAUAUGCGCUUUAUGGGCAAUUGACCGAGAAGAGCGAUGUUUAUAGCUUCGGAAUUGUUGUUCUUGAGAUAAUGUGUGGGAGAAAAGCUCUUGAUUUGUCUUCUUCAGGGUCGCCGCGAGCCUUUUUGAUCACGGAUUGGGUUUGGUCGCUGGUGAAGGCAGGAAAAGUAGAAGAGGCUUUAGAUCCUUCUUUGUUGAAGGGUGGAGAUUCUUCAAGCUCGAACCCUAAGGCGAUAAUGGAGAGGUUUGUGCUUGUUGGGAUCUUGUGUGCUCAUGUUAUGGUGGCUUUGAGGCCUACUAUAGUGGAUGCUUUAAAAAUGUUGGAAGGAGAUAUUGAUGUGCCGCCGAUUCCUGAUCGGCCAAUACCUCUUAGUCAUCCUUCCUCUUUUGGCGACGGAAAUACAUUCCUUAUCUCACCAGCAUUGAGUUUUCCACAAUUGAAUAGUGGAGACAUGCUAAGGUAAGCUAUAGAGUACAUUCCUUUAAUGAUUCAAGACAAUGUGUGAUAGAAUAUGGAUGUGAUACAAGAAGUGUUGAACCGAUAGUGCAUGAAUGCAUCUUUUAGGACCUAAUUAUACAGGCACAACUUGAUAAUUUUGGACAGAUUGUAAAUAUGUUAUACAAAUAUGAAAUUCUUUAUUUUCUUCUAGCAAAUAUUAUGCAGCAUUUGCAUAUUCGAAGCUUUGAAGAGAGUUAUGAUCUAGCAAGGAAAAAAAUUUAGCAAACUAUGUUGCACGGAAACUUGUUCAGUUCUACGCUUCGGCGUUUCAUUACUAUUUUCAGAAAUGCUUCUGAAAUUCUGGAACUUUACAUUAAUACCCUCUUCAUAAUAUGUAGUUUCGUCGAUUCCCAUUUCAGCUUCUUUGUUUCCAUGCAACAAUAGAAACACAUAGCAUCUUUUUUUAGAAAGAAAGUUAGUAGGAAAGCCACUAUGUAAUUUUCAGUUUGAGUGUUGAAGUCAAUAAAAUGUAAAGAUAUUUAUUUAUUGCCUUUAUUUAAAAGAAAGCUUGCUAUUGUCUGUUUCCAA